AUGCGUCUAUCAACACUGUGCUUUACUCUUGUGUCUCUGUUUAUUAUUUUCUUAACAACAAAUGCCACACAGGAUAUUCGACAACGUUUUGAAGGUCUGAUUGACAAAUCUGUUCAAGUUGCUUGGAGGCAAAUUGACCGAGAAGCACCCGGACGGCCAAUAGAAAUAAUGCGAGACAGUUCUCCACAAGCAAACAAACCAAUAACUCCAGGUUAUGUUCGUGUCAUACUUAGUGACAAAACUGGUCGCGUACUUUAUACACCUAUUUUACAAACCAAUUAA